AUGUCGUCGAAACGUGAGAAGCUCCCCAAGCUUGGAUUCUUCGAGGAAUUCAUGGUUGGUGGCGUUGCUGCUGGUGUCGCCAAGACUGCCGCUGCUCCGAUUGAGCGUAUCAAGCUUCUGGUGCAGAACCAGGGUGAGAUGAUUAAGCAGGGCCGCCUGGACAAGCCAUACGCCGGUGUUGUGGACUGUUUCACUCGUACAGUGCAGACAGAGGGUGUGUAUGCGCUUUGGCGUGGCAACCUCUCGAACGUUAUCCGCUACUUCCCUACACAGGCGCUGAACUUUGCAUUCAAGGAUACGUUCAAACGCAUGUUCAACUUCAAGAAGGAGAAGGAUGGCUAUGCGAAGUGGUUCAUGGGCAACAUGGCCUCUGGUGGUCUUGCUGGUGCUGCUUCCCUGUGCUUCGUGUACUCCCUUGACUACGUGCGUACACGCCUUGCCAACGACACGAAGUCUGCGAAGAAGGGUGGCGAGCGUCAGUUUAAUGGUCUUCUGGACUGCUACGUGAAGACGUGGAAGAGUGACGGUAUUGUGGGUCUCUACCGCGGUUUCAUGGUGUCAUGCGUGGGUAUUGUUGUGUACCGUGGCUUCUACUUUGGUCUGUACGACACACUGCAGCCCAUGCUCCCUGUGGACACAUUUAUUGUGAACUUCUUCCUCGGAUGGAUGGUGACGAUCGUCGCUGGCCUUCUUUCCUACCCUCUGGAUACCGUCCGUCGUCGUAUGAUGAUGACGUCGGGUGCUGCUGUGAAGUACAAGAGCUCUAUGGACUGCAUGAUGCAGGUGAUCAAACAGGAGGGAGCUGCAGCACUGAUGCGUGGAGCUGGUGCGAACAUUCUCCGUGGUGUUGCCGGUGCUGGUGUGCUCUCCGGUGUGGAUGCACUUAAGCCCAUGUACAUCAAGUGGCGCAAGGCCAAUGAGCUGAAGAAGGAGUAA